UGAAAUGCGUCUAAAUUGUUGUUCUUUGUUCUUUGAUGAUCGUAGAUGAAAAAUAUCAUUAGUUUUAGAUUCACACAGCUUGCUCGUUCGCUUAGGAGUGUCUCGAAUUCGCUUACAGGCGCUUACACAGAGUCUGCACGUGCUAUUUUAUGGGCAUAAUAAAAGUAAACGUGUAAAACAAUGCGUUUGUAUUAGUUUAGUUGCGUCCUUGUCUUUGCUCUCUCUUCUUCGCUUUUUCUCCACACCCUUUCGUCGCCGUUCACGGAUACUUUACCCCUAGUUUUUCUUCUUUUUCUCUCUUUCUCUUUAAGGUAGUAUAUGUAGUAAGUGAAUACUGCGGUAUUCCGAUAGCGCGCGCGUUGUUCCUCACGCGAAAAAUAAAGAGAAGGAAAAGUAAGAGGAAAAGGUGGGGAGGGAAGGGGAGACAAGUGCGUGUGUGACUUCCCACAUCGGAGAAAUGUCGUCGGUAGCGGCAGCACUCGUGGCGAGGGAAUAAACGGCGAAAGAUGUCUGGGCCAAUGAUUAGUUGUCCGCAGACAGCCAAAGGUAGUGAUGUUAAUCCUUUGGUACAUACGGUACAUUGUGCACUUUGCGAGAAGACCGAGAAAUUGUUGAGGUGUUCAAGGUGUAAGUCCGCUUUCUAUUGUACAAAAGAACAUCAAAAACGUGAUUGGAAACGUCACAAAGAAUUUUGUGGAACUCAAGCAUCCUGGUUAAAUGAUUCUUCGCUCACUGGUUUUCCCACAAACAACACAAACAGAGAUUGCGCUUCAGGUGUAGUUGGCAAUUAUUCCUCUUCGAGUAAACGCAAGACGCAACAAAACACACGGUCGCUUUCUAACCUAAACGACCGAUCUCAACUUACCAACAAAGUUUUUGCAAACUUCGUCGGUGAUUACACCGCACGGGAAAAGAUUGGGAACAAGGAUUUUUUAUGUUCUAAUUCUUUGAAAUCAAUUCAAGAUGCUAAAAAGCAGCUUGAGAGCGUAGUUAAUCAGAAACGCAAAGAUCAAACUUUUAAGGAUAAACAGAACGGAAAGUCGAAAAACAGCCAAAUUAUCAAAGCCAAUGGCUGGACUUCUCCUAUAACUUAUGAAGGUAGUUCAGAAGAUACCAUUUUAGGAGCUAGAGCGGAAUUAUUAAAUCCUGCUUUAGAGAGUUCAAGAUUUCUUGGUAAUAUACAAGAUUUGGAAUUAAAUAUGCCGACGCAAUACCACAAUGGCAUGAAGAAUUUUCCAAGCGUUCAAUUUCACUUAGACGAUUUUUCACCUCCUUUUUUGCAUAUGAAUAAGAACAAUUUAGAAUUAAUGAUAGAUAGUAUUAGUCAAAAUGUGGUUAAAGACAUGAACAAAUUUGGUGUGAGCGUGAUAGACAAUUUCCUAGGCUACGAAAGUGGCAAUGAAGUGCUGAAAGAAGUUUUAAAUAUGUACAGUGCAGGAUUAUUUAAAGAUGGACAAUUGGUUUCCAAUAAGGCUAGUGCAAACGACUUAAAAACAAUUCGAGGUGAUCAGAUAACAUGGUUGGAUGGAAAGGAAAAACAGUGUCCAAAUAUCGCCAUGCUUAUAUCGCGGGUCGACGCUGUUAUCAUGAAGGCAAACAAAAUGACCAAUAAUGGGAAAAUGGGACAAUAUUUAAUUAAUGGCAGAACUAAGGCGAUGGUUGCUUGCUACCCCGGGUACGGUUCGCAUUAUGUGAAGCAUGUGGAUAAUCCUAACCGAGAUGGACGAUGUAUCACAGCGAUUUACUAUCUUAAUCAAGAUUGGGAUGUUAAGACAAAUGGUGGCCUUCUAAGGAUAUUUCCAGAAGGUUGGAGUGAAGACCGAGUAGCCGAUAUCGAGCCUAUACUCGAUAGAAUACUUUUCUUUUGGUCAGAUAGAAGAAAUCCUCACGAAGUACAACCAGCAUACAAAACGCGAUAUGCAAUCACACUGUGGUACUUUGAUGCCGAAGAAAGGAACCAAGCUUGCCGAAGAUAUCAAAAAGACAAAGAACUACAACAAAUUGCACAAGCGCAAGCGCAGGGUUCGUGAGACACAGAGUCUGAAGGACAGUUAGAUCGUCCGUCGACUGAAAUUGUAACGUUAAUUACUGGACUUACACAACUGUAUAUAGUUACAUAUGAAAAAGAAGCAUUGGUACAUAAAACGUAUUAUGUAUUAUUAUGUAUUUACUAUAUAAAUACGUUUAGCCGAUAAAUUUUGAAGGAGAAAUUAAAUAGUAUAUAUACAAUACGAAAGACAAAGGAUAAUAUGCAAACUUAAAGCAUAUCGCGCGUAAGAAUUGUGCAAUAGACGUAAAAACGUUCCUUUUUUUUACAAAUGGUAUUGUAACAUAUAAUAUGCAUACCACAUUCGACGUUCUCUAAGUACAUGUAAUACCUCCUGCAGUUCUUACAUUGUUAACAUAAUUGUUAACAUAAUUCUUAACGUAAUCACCCCCGCCCCCUCCCUCCCUAACAUAAUUCUAUGCUGAAAAAUUUAUUGUUAAAUAUUUCAAAUAACAACUUUAAUAUAUUUAUUUGGUUAUUAUUUAGCGAAAUUUCUUUUUUUUUUUCUUCUUCUUUUUGUCUCUCCGUACAAAUACCAUACACUUUUUACUACUUUGCAGGUAUUGAAUAUUUUUUCUCUGUGAAGUUGACAAAAAUGCAACUUUUUCGUACGAUUUAAGUAAUCUAAGAGUUCCCUUGGUUCUUGAAUAUAGAUAAUAAUUACAUCUAUAUAAUUAAAAGUGAAGAAUAUCAUUAAAUGAUUGUCCAUUUUCGUUAUGCAAUCUCAUGUGGCAUUGUUGGUUUUAUCUUUAAAUUACAUGAUUUCAAACAAAGACGCCACAAUUAAUUUACCAACAAUCAUUCAUACUUCCAGUACAAGUAUUGAGCAAUAUCAAGGUCCGUUCUUUACUUGUAAUAUUGUUAUAUAUAUAUACUGUGAAAAGUUGUAGGAGCCCAGUGUUUAGUAUUGUAUGUACCUAUUUAUACAAAUCGAUAAUGAAAAAGAUUUUUUAAAAAUUAAUACGUAUCAUUUGUUCUUUAACAAAAUUUUAAGAUAUACGAUUAUGCUAUUAGUUCAAAACUUAUUGUCAUUUAUAAACGAAGAGAAGGAUUAGGAGAAUUUAACCCUUUCGCUACGGACGAAUUCUACAGCGCGCUACUCCCGCUGAACAAUUCGACGCACUGAAGGUGUGCACUUUAAAACUAUCUGUAAUAGUUUGAAGAAAAGAAAAAAUGAAAAAACUAUCACAAAAUACAAUUGGAAAAUAUAACUUUUAAUAAUAUAAGUCCGUAUGGAAAGUUUCAAAGUCAUGCACAAUGACUGUAGUCAUCGCUCGUACAUAGCAGGCGUUGGGUGACACUAUAGUCACCGGUCGUAGCGAAAGGAUUAAAUAAAUAUGUAUUACGUUUCACAAUGUUAAACUUAUUGGAUGUAUUCAAAAUGUUAGUAAACAUUAAUAAGUUAUUUUUGAAAUA